AUGUCCACUAUCAUAUUUUGUGGCACUCAUGACAUAGCUUUGCGUGGGAAAAAAAGUACAAGCGGAAAUGUUCAAAGUCUUUACCAAUUUCGCAUUGAAGCAGGAGAUGUAGUCCUAAAGAACCAUCUGGAGAAUGCGCCAAUUAACACAAGCUACACAUCAGUUCGAGUUGAAAAUGAACUGAUUGCCUUGUGCAAGGAAACUUUAAGAGAGGAUCUGUCAAAUAGGUCAAAUGGUUUUUCAGUCAUUGCUGAUGAAAGUGCUGACAUAUCUGGAAAAGAACAGAUGUCAAUUGGAGUACGUUUUGUAGACACAAGUAGCACCGUAGCUGUCAUCAAAGAAGAAUUCCUUGGAUUUGCAACCUUAAAAGAAAUGGAUGCUACCUCAAUU